AUGACUGACAAGCAAUCGAAUUCUCCCGUUCACGCUGAGGCUGCUCAAGACAAGCGAGCCCAGCUGGAAGAUCUGAUCACGCGAGCUGCCGCUAAGGAUGCGACGAAAGAUUACAACACCGCUUCAGAACUUUAUUCCCAAGCCACCGAACUGCAGGCUGAAUUGAAUGGCGAGCUCUCACCGGAAAAUGCGAGUCUACUCUAUUCCUACGGAAAAUCUCUUUAUAAUGUCGCCGUGAGCAAGAGUGACGUGCUUGGAUCUAAGGUCGCCGGAGAGCCUCAAGCUCAACCCAACACAACCCCUUCAGCGCCUGUUGGUUCUGGGCCAUCUGGCGCCGGGAGUAACCCGGUCAAGGAUGCUAUUUCCAGUGCCAUGACCAAAAAGCCUUCGUCUGUUCAAGAGGAUAACAUACAAGCCGAAAGCGCGCAGUCAAAGCCCUUCUUUCAAUUUACUGGCGACGAAAACUUUGUUGACUCGGACGAGGAAGAGGACGAGGAUGCCGAGGCCGGGGAAGAAGAGGAUGAGGAUGAUUUCGCCAACGCUUUUGAGGUUCUGGAUUUGGCGCGUAUUCUCUACCUGAAAAACCUCGAGGUCGCAGAAGAAAGCGACAAGGCCAAAGGUAAAUCAACUGAGCUAUCGGCAGAAGUGAAGCACAUCAAAGAACGACUGGCCGAUACAUACGAUCUUCAGGCUGAAAUUUCCCUGGAAGCCGAGAGAUUCAGUGACGCGGUGAGCGACCUACGAACCGCGCUGAGUUUAAGGUAUUCCUUGUUCCCGUUCGAAGAUUCUUCGAUUGCCGAGUGCCACUACAAACUUUCCCUUGCUCUCGAGUUUGCAUCGGUUCCAAAAGAGGACGAAGACGGGGGGAAGGAGAAAACGGUGGACGAGGAAAUGCGAAAUGAAGCUGCAGUUCAAAUGGAGCGUGCUAUUGAGAGCUGUAGGGUCAGAAUGGCCCACGAGGAGGAGAGACUAGAGGCUGUUAAGGACAUGGAUGAAGACAAAGUGGCCGCCUCAAAGAGGAAGAUUGCAAAUGUCAAAGAAAUCAUCGCGGAUAUGGAGCAACGGCUGAUCGAUCUACGACGCCCUCCUGUGUCGGUUGACCAGGGUAAUCAGGAGAAUGAAGCCUUCCUCAAGGGUAUUCUUGGCCAAAUUGUGGGCCAGCCUGUUAAUGACCAGAAGGCUCGACUGGAUUCUGCCAGUAAGGGAGCUACCGAUCUUUCCUCGCUGGUUCGCCGAAAGCCUGCAACUCAGCCUGCUUUGCAACCUACAGCAUCUAAACGUCCCGCUGAGGAUGUUCCUUCUGAGAGUGACUCCAAACGUACACGCGUGGAUGAUGCCUCCUCGGCUUGA